AUGCGGGACCUCCGUCGCCAGGCUCUGGAGAGCAAAAAGACCGUGUCCCGCAAGGCACAGAGCCGCGAAGCGUCAAGGACAAACUCCCGCGUAAACUCCGCUCCCAACUCGGCCCACAACUCCCGCCCCGCCUCGCGAAAUGCGAGCAGGCAUCCAUCCGAUGACGACGAAGAUGGGGAGAGCGAAAGUACUACCUGGAGCACCCCCUCCAUCGACGACUGCUUCUCCGCCGCCAACGACGAAGAAUCAACCUCGGCAGACACCCUCCAAGACCUCUCAGAAGUCAUAAGAGACUUCACAGACCGCAAACGCAGCAGCGUCCUCAGCCGCGAAGAGAACCUGACCGCUUACGUCCGCAUCCUCACCUCCCACUACAUCGACGACGGCAUCCCCCACUUCCCCGACCUCCUCUCCUCGCUCAUCAAGAGCAUCAAAUCUGGAUCCUCAGAGAAGGAAACCAUGCUUGCCCUGAAAGCCGUCAGCCUCUCCGCACUCACCCUGCUCGAUGAGAGCAUAUAUGCACGCAUAGCUCCGGUCUUGAAACGGACGAUCACAGACUCCUCGUCCUCAGCCAUCAAGGCGGCCGCGAUACACUGUCUAGGUGCCUCGACAUACUUUGGCGGGGCGGGCGAGGAUGGCCUACUCGAGCAAAUGACCUUCCUGCUGGAGAUCGUCUCGUCCGAUGGCCACUAUGUGAAUGCGGGCGAUGAUGCUGAAGUCGUUACGGCUGCGUUGGAAGAGUGGGGCUUCCUCGCCACGGAGGUGAAGGAUUUGGAGAAUGAAAGCGAGGAGGCCAUCGAGGUCUUCGCAGAGCAGUUAGAGAGCAGUGAGAGCUCCGUGCAGAUUGCCGCGGGGGAGAAUAUCGCGUUGUUGUACGAGAAGAGUUAUUCGCCUCUUGCUGAAGGGGAGGUUAUUGAGGAGGCAGGAAGCGGAGAUGGGAACGGUUCCUCGGAUGCUGAUGGAUCCGACGGCUUCAACGACAACGACAACGACGACGAUAGAGGCAGCGGCAAUAAUCAAGAAAAACGCUUAAUCAAACGCUACAACCCGUACCACAACACGCCCCGCAUCCUCACUCAGGUCAACACGCUAGCCCACAUAUCCGGCCGCCAUAUCAACAAGAAAUCCAAACGCUCGCUGCACGCCAACUUCACCUCGAUCCUGAACACCAUCGCCAAUCCCCGGCGUGGGCCGCAGUAUAGCAAGGCCAUCGACAAUGAGACGUGUCGGCAGUACGGGAGCCGGAAGACGGUGAAGAUCCAUCGCGAUAGCGUCAUGAGGCUUGAUAAGUGGUGGAAGUGGUUGAGGCUUGCGGCGCUCAGGAGGCUGUUGAGGGGGGGGUUUGUGUCGCAUUACUUCGAGGGGGAUAGGGGCGUGUUGGAUUGUUUGCCUGUUAUGAUGAGGCCGGUUGGGGGAGGCCGGGGGAAGUGGGCGGGGGCGGGGGGCAGUGGUGGUGGUGGUGGUGGUGGUGAGGGGAGGAAGGGAGGGAGGAUUGGCGGGGAGAUGAUGGAGGCGUUUUCUUAUUGA